UAUAGUGGCAGGCAACAGUUUCCAUGGCAACUUGCUCACAGGCAACAUGGAGUUCCUACAGUGGAGUUGUCAUGAUGUUGCAGGAUGGAUCGAGUCUUUAGGAUUUCCACAGUACAAAGCAUGUUUCACCGAGAACUUCAUCACCGGAAGAAAGCUCAUUUAUGUAAAUUGCAUCUACUUGCCAAGACUUGGAGUCACCGAUUUUAAAGACAUGAAGGUCAUCUCUGCUCGUGUGCGUGAGCUGCUGGGGAUCACAGAGACCCUGUGGAGCCGCAGCAUCGCCGACCCACCGCGGGACAGCAUGGGCUCCUUCUUGGAAAAAAAGAGCCGGACAGGUGAACGGGCAGAUGGCCUCACCUAUCAACAGUUCCUGGGUGAUGUGUGUCUGUGAGAGAGGCAUGAAUCACAACAGUAAAGGAGCUCAGCAGAAAACUAAGACAUGUCCGUGUCAUUUCAUAUCAGCAAGUGUCAACUCAUGAUGACUCUGAUGAGACACUCACAGGAGGCCACACGCAGGCCUUGACAUUAACACUUCCCACCAGCAAAAUGCUGGGAUGUUGUUGUGGCUGCUGGAAAAAGCAGUUAGUCUGCUGGGUGUUUGUGCAGGUAGCCAACACGAGUGCAACACUUUUACAUUUAUGUGAUAUCAGUGAGUUUGUGCACAGAUAUUCAGUGUGAUAAACAGAUUAAAUAGCUCUAUUUUACAUUUCCGCAUAACCAUUUUAAAGGGAGA